AGCCCAAUUUGGAAUUUCAGAGAAGGAAUGAAGGAAAGGUUCUAGAGAAUGGCCAACUGACUCCCAGGACAGAAAGUUACGUGGAGAUCCUGCACCCUCAACCUGUGUCCAAGGUGAUUGAUGGUUAUUCCAGAAGUUGAAAGAAAACUGCCCCGAGUAUAUUUCCAAAACUCAGAACUCUUACUCUGCAUUGCAAAACCCGAAACAUACCAAAACAAGCGGUAAAUUGCCACCGCCCACACAAUUGCACAUAUGCCCUCAGUUGGUUAAUCUUGCCACCAGUUAAACACCAGUGUAUAGUGACAAACUUCUCAACAAGAACAGAUGACAUUUUUUCAUCCUCUUUUCAGCCAAAUAUAUCAUCUCUUGUUGUAGAUAGUAGAUUGCUUCUCGCCCACUGAGCAAGUUUGUAAAUCAAAUCUAGCCUGAUUGCUUAUUCCACCAACUCUUACUACAAGGUGUCCAACGUAUGAGGAAGAUGGCUAUGUGGGAAGAAUACUGCCAACAAAUCAAGACCUUACUGCUGACUAUCACAUUUGUCUUCUGUCUAUUGGAUGCAGUGAGUGGCCUGUGGUGCUAUCAGUGUGUUGGGAUGUUCCAUGAAUGUGUCCAGUCGGAGCAAUUGUGUGCAUCAAGGGAUCGGUCCUGCUUCUCCUCUACCAUCAAACUUUUCUAUUCAAACAACUAUACAGGAAUAUUUUUGCUUCCAGAUUUAGAGAUUGCUGAGUACGUGAUGAAAGGCUGUUCAGGGGAAGGUGUAUCCAAUCGCACAGCUAAAGUCUAUUCAGAAGAUGAUCAUGAAGUACACAACACCUAUUACUGUGACUCUAAUUUCUGCAAUAUCCGGUUCACAGGUGCUCCAGCCAGCCCCACCCAAGCAGCCAAUGGCAUGGAGUGCUACAGCUGUUUUGAUCGUGGUACAGGCGAUUGUGCUGAAGGGAAUGCUACUCGGGUCAAAUGUUUGGGAGAUAUGAAUCAGUGCAUGGAUUUUACUGUGAUCAAUGGCGCCUGGAAAAUGACGUACCGGACAUGUGCCUUGGAAACCUUGUGUCGCCGACAAUAUAUGAUGCCAGAACUCUCAGGGAGACUGGAGAUCAGCUGCUGUUCUACUCCUCUCUGUAACGAUGGGCGACCUGGCCUUAAAAGCAUCUGCAGCCACUUCUCAGAGCAAGGAGUGAAGAAGCAGCCUGAGAAUGGCUUGGAAUGUGCCAGUUGCUGUGAUUCAGGCCAAGGUGAAUGUGCUCACGGAAACUGGACUCACGUCAAGUGUGUUGGGGAGCAGACCAAGUGUGUAAAUGUUACAGAGAAAGGCCAAACAUUACUGCGUGGCUGUAGCUUGGAGAAGCUUUGUUGGGAGAAACCACAGUUGCUGGGCCUGGACCGAAAUUCUGCUAUCAACUGCUGCUCCAGCGCUCUCUGCAACCGAAGUUUGACCCCAAUGGGAGAUGUUGCCUUGGUCCUUCUGCUCCUGCUUUUCUGGCUGCUCUGAUAAAAGCCUGGAGUGUCCAAAUUUCAAGGAAAUCAAAGAAAGCUGGAGAACAGAGAGCCCAAUGUCACCAGGACUGAUGUUGUUGGUGCUUCAUUGCUGGAAGCUUUCAAGAAGAGAGUGGACUGCCAUCUGUCCGAAAUGGUGUAGGGACUCCUGCUUGGGCAGA